AGAAAAAUGACAUUUCUCUGAUUAACAAUGCUUUUAUCUUCAUCAACAUGAUACAGUUAGUGGUUAGUGUAGCAGACAAAGGAAGUGUUGUCUCUCACAGUGGUUACAGCAGCUAUCCCUGUUGAAAUAACUGGGAGGAACACUUUCUGCAUGUUUCCACAUUAGUAACUUCUCAUUGUGAACACAGCCGCUGUCAGAAGAGGGCAAGUAUCAAGCAACCUCUGGAUACUCAUCCCUCUCUGUCUCUGUCCCAGGAUGUCUCUCCUCUGGGGUGUCAUCUCUCAUGUCCUCAGCUGGACGGGCCUCUGUCAGGUCCUGCUUGUGGCCUGUGCAGGACUGGGAGCUGUGUUUGCAGUCUGGAUGCUGAGGCUGCUGGCGCGACACGCCUGGUACACACACAGGCUGUCCUGCUUCAGGAAGCCACAUGCAAACUCCUGGCUUUUAGGCCACCUGGGCAAGAUGCAGUGCACAGAGGAAGGUCUCCUGCAGGUGGAUGACUUGGUGCAAAUAUACACACACUGUUGCAGCUGGUUCAUCGGCCCUUUCUAUCACCUGGUCAGACUCUUCCACCCCGACUUCAUCAAACCUCUACUAACGGCACCUGCAAGCAUUACUGUGAAAGAUGAACUCAUCUAUGGCCAUCUGCGUCCGUGGCUUGGACAGAGCCUGUUGCUAAGCGACGGGGAGGAGUGGUCUCGUAAGAGACGGCUGCUGACCCCAGCUUUUCAUUUUGAUAUUCUGAAGAGCUACGUCGCCAGGUUUAACACCUCAACUAACACUAUGCACGAGAAGUGGCGCCACCUGGUGGCAAAGGGCACGACUAAUAUAGAGAUGUUUGACCACAUCACUCUGAUGACUCUGGACAGUUUGCUGAAAUGUGCAUUUAGCUACAACAGCAACUGUCAGAGGUCAACCAGUGAGUACGUGUCAGCCAUAGUGGAGCUGAGUGACCUGGUAAUAGAUCGUCGGCAAAAGAUUUUCCAUCACUGGGACUGGAUUUACUGGAAAACACAGCAGGGAAAACGGUUCAAAAGGGCCUUAAGCAUCGUGCACAGGUUUACCAGGGAGGUGGUCCAGAAGCGACGAGCCCUGAUCAGCCAACAGAAGAACACAGAGACAGAUUUCUCCACAGCACCACAGAGAAAGAAGGAUUUCGUGGACAUCAUACUGCUGGCAAAGGAUGAGGAUGGACAAGGCCUGACAGAUGAGGAGAUACAGGCUGAGGCCAACACCUUCAUGUUCGCAGGUCACGACACAACAGGCAGUGCCAUUUGCUGGACGCUGUAUAACUUAGCACGCCACGACCACUAUCAGGAGCAAUGCAGGCAGGAAGUGAUGGAUCUGUUGCAAGGACGAGAUACGCAUGAAAUAGAGUGGGAGGAUCUGUCCAGCCUUCCCUUCACCACCAUGUGCAUCAGAGAGUCUCUGAGGCUGCACUCUCCUGUGCAGGCCGUAACGAGGAGGUACACCCAGGACAUGGCAUUGCCAGGGGAUCUGACAGUACCGAAGGGUGCCAUCACUUUGGUCAGUAUUUAUGGGACACACCACAACCCUGCUGUUUGGACAAACCCACAUGAGUAUCAGCCGCUGCGUUUUGACCCUGCAAACAAAGAGGGACAGGCCUCUCACGCCUUCAUCCCCUUCUCCUCAGGCCCCAGGAACUGUAUCGGUCAGAAAUUCGCCCUGGCAGAGCUUCGGGUUGUCGUGGCGUUGACCCUGCUCAGGUUUCGCCUGACCCCGGGGGUGAACCCUGAACUCGGGACCAGCUCUGGGGGAGUCCGCCGUCUCCCCCAGCUCGUCCUGCGUGCAGAGGGAGGUUUGUGGCUGCAAAUAGAGCCACUGGAGCUGUACAGCCUGGAGGAGUUGCAGGACGAAUGAUCCAAGAUGACGUCCAACACAAUCGCAGAAGCAUUUGCCUCACACCUGGAAGUUUAGCACCGUUCUUGUCACUGGAUUUAUGUUUAUUGUAUAAGCGUGUGUGGAUUAUGAGACAUGCAAAAGGUCCCACCAUCGCUCCUACAGAGGAGCAAGACACACAGACUGUGAGGUGGUUUUGCCAUUUUGUCUCUUUGUAGUCAUUUUGUGUCUCUUUAAGAUGAGUUUGCUUUUCUUAAAGGUGAUUCAGGCCCUUUUUGGGUCAUUUUAUGAAUGAUGCAUGAAUAACAGUUUCCAGAUGUUUGUUGGGAGGGAAUGAUCUGAUCCUGGAAAUAUUUCUGAGAUGGAAGCCAGAUUAAACUACUGAAUUUACAUGUUUGUUUAAACAAAGGGUUGAAUGUUCGCACUAUCUUGUCCUAUGACUAACUUCUUUGUCUUGUCAGCAUUGAGCUGCAAGAUGUUUUGUGACAUCCACUUGUGAAUGUCAUGAAGGCAGUUUAGCAGGUUUAGUGAGUCAUGUUUUGAUAGUUAUUUGUUGGAUCACAGCUUAGGAAAAAGAGUAAUGAAGCCUAACAAACUGCUUCAUAAAAACAAAGGUCAAACAUGCAUUUAUACACAUGGAUUAGUUACUGAAUGGGCCUUCCAGGCACAGGCCCAGGGGCCCAAACUGUCAGAGGCCCCCCUGGCCUACGUACUGACCAGGAGGAGACUCAAAAAGACCACAAAGACAUUGAAAGGGAACUGCAAAGAGACACAAAAUAACAACUAAAGGAGCAAAACAACCAUAAAGAGACACAAAAUGACCAAAAAGACAAAAAAUUCUGUCAAAGAGAAACAAAAUUACCUAAAUGGGACACAAAAUGACUGCAAUUCCUUGCUCUCUGGCAUCAGUAAAAAUCCCUCUCCCCUCUGACCACAUCACACCAAUCUUGGCUUCUCUACACUGGUUACCUGUUGCUUUUAGAAAUGAUUUUAAAAUUUUACUGUUGACUUAGCCCUGAGAAGCCUUGCUCCAAGUUAUAUAACAGAUCUUUCACUGCCCUAUGUUCCUGCUUGCGCCCUGAGAUCCUCAGCUACACAUUUUCUUGUUGUUCCGAGGUCUAGAUUAAUUCACAGAGGUGACAGAGCCUUCGCAGUCAGAGCUCCACGACUUUGUAUUGACCUGCCUGAGGAGAUCAGGGCUGCAAACUCAGUCUAGCCUUUUAAAUCACUUCUGAACUAUGUUAUUUUUACGCUAUUUUUAUUGCUUUUAUCUUGUUUUAUUGCUUUGUCUUUUAUUUGGUUUUGUAAAGCACUUUGUAACUGCAUUUUGAAAGGUGCUAUACAAAUAAAAUUUAGCAUUAUUAUUAUUUUAACAUAAUUUGUAACAUGUAAUUUACUGCCUCAACAUGUUUUAUUGUUCUAAUGACAUGAUCAAAUUUUUUAUUGUAUCAAGUUUGUUUUAAAUACAUUUUAAGUUUUAAAAAAGCUUAUCCACAUCCUUGAACUUGUUGCAGGCAGAGGUUAAAACAGGUUUAGGACACAAAAAUGUGAAUAUCUUUGGUAUCUGAGUUAGAUUAUGAUCUGAAUUAUGAAAGCCAAGUCAAGCUAGGGCCAAGAUUUUAGGCCAGUGCAUUACUCUCAAAUUUAAAAUAAAGA